AUCUCAUUCUCCAAUAAAAAACAAAACUCAUACUCUCCAUCACUCUCACUUUCUCUCUCCCUCUGUUUCAGAGAAAUUUAAAACCCUAGAAACUCCAAGAACACACUCAAACCUUUCAAAAAUUUGAACUAAAAAUUAAAGAAAAUGAAGAGCAAGAAGCCAUUGCAGCAACUCAAGCUCUCCGUUCCGGCUCAAGAAACCCCCAUCACCUCCUUCUUAACUGCAAGUGGUACAUUUCAUGAUGGAGAUUUGCUUUUGAAUCAGAAAGGUCUGCGGCUUAUCUCUGAACAGAAGAAAUCUCGGCCUUCAGACAGCAAGGAGCUUGAUUUUGAAUUCUCAUUGGAAGACCUUGAGACAAUCAAAGUCAUAGGAAAGGGAAGCGGAGGUGUAGUGCAACUUGUUCGUCAUAAAUGGGUUGGAAGAUUAUUUGCAUUGAAGGUCAUCCAGAUGAACAUACAAGAAGAUAUUCGCAAACAAAUUGUACAGGAGCUGAAAAUAAACCAAGCUUCCCAAUGUUCUCAUGUUGUUGUUUGCCACCAUUCAUUCUAUCACAAUGGAGCUAUUUCUCUUGUGUUAGAAUACAUGGACCGUGGGUCUCUAGCAGAUGUGAUUAGACAAGUUAAAACAAUUCUCGAACCUUAUCUGGCUGUUGUGUGUAAGCAGGUUUUACAGGGUCUUGUGUAUCUACACCAUGAGCGACAUGUCAUACAUAGGGACAUUAAGCCAUCUAAUCUAUUGGUAAACCACAAGGGGGAAGUGAAGAUCACUGAUUUUGGUGUGAGUGCAAUGCUAGCUAGUUCUAUGGGUCAAAGGGACACAUUUGUUGGAACUUACAAUUACAUGUCGCCAGAGCGAAUUAGCGGGAGCACCUAUGACUACAGCAGCGAUAUUUGGAGUUUAGGCUUGGUAGUACUUGAGUGCGCUAUUGGGCGUUUUCCUUAUAUGCAAUCUGAAGAUCAGCAAAACUGGCCAAGCUUUUAUGAGCUCUUGGAAGCCAUUGUGGAGAGCCCACCUCCAUCUGCUCCACCAGAUCAAUUCUCCCCUGAGUUCUGUUCAUUUGUAUCAUCUUGUAUACAGAAGAAUCCUCGAGAAAGGGCAUCAUCUUUAGACCUUUUGAAUCACCCAUUUAUCAAAAAGUUUGAAGACAAAGACAUUGAUCUUGGAAUUCUAGUAGGCAGCUUGGAACCUCCUGUGAACUACCCUAGAUAGUUUGUCUUGUAAUGUUUAUGUUGAGCUUAAACCAGGUUGCCUUGUCUUAUAAUGAAUGCUAUAUCAACUUACCUGAGUAUAAAAUAUUUCACAUCAUGUCUUGUCUUUUAUCUUCAUCAAACAUUAAAGAAAUACUAUUGAAACAAAUGAUUUACUACAUAGAUCUUACCUUGAUAUUCAAAGAGAUAAUUCCUAAUUCUAGGACAA